GCGCCGGAAGCCGAUGGCCCGUGGAUAAGACUCUGGGCGGCCCCGCGUGUGGCCCUUUUCCGUCUGAGCCAGCGGAGGGGAGCGAAUAGCCUCCAUAAUGACUGACUGGGAGACAGCCCCUGCUGUGGCAGAGACCCCUGACAUCAAGCUGUUUGGGAAAUGGAGCACCGAUGAUGUGCAGAUCAGUGACAUCUCCUUGCAGGAUUACAUUGCCGUGAAGGAGAAGUAUGCUAAGUACUUGCCUCACAGUGCUGGCCGCUAUGCUGCAAAGCGCUUCCGCAAAGCUCAGUGCCCCAUUGUGGAGCGCCUCACCAACUCCAUGAUGAUGCAUGGGCGCAAUAAUGGCAAGAAGCUCAUGACUGUCCGCAUCAUCAAGCAUGCCUUCGAAAUCAUCCAUCUGCUAACAGGAGAGAACCCUCUGCAAGUCCUGGUGAACGCCAUCAUCAACAGUGGCCCUCGUGAAGAUUCUACCCGCAUUGGCCGUGCUGGUACAGUGAGGAGGCAAGCUGUUGAUGUCUCACCUCUGCGCCGUGUAAACCAGGCCAUCUGGCUACUCUGUACUGGGGCACGUGAAGCUGCCUUCCGCAACAUCAAGACUAUAGCUGAGUGCCUGGCCGAUGAGCUGAUCAAUGCAGCCAAGGGUUCCUCCAAUUCCUAUGCCAUCAAGAAGAAGGACGAGCUGGAACGUGUAGCCAAGUCCAACCGUUAGAACUGUUGCUGGAGGUCCAAAGAAAAUAAAUUCAUUUUCAUACUGUUC